AUGGCCCUCCUCCCCUGUGGGAGGAAGAAAGUUGGCUGCAAGAGGAAAGGGUUGGAGAAAAGGCAGGGGAGAUGCUUUGAUUCAAUUCAGUUUUUUGAUCCAGUAUUGGGACCAUCGAAUAACUUCGCUACCUUCCUCCCAAGCCAAUUAUCCACUUUAACUGCCCUAAUUUCACUUUAUCUUGGCUACAAUCACUUUCAAGGCUCUAUCCCAAGCUCUAUUGCCAACAUUUCCAACCUUCAUUAUCUUGAUCUGUCUUAUAACAAUCUUAGCUCCUCAAGCUCUUUACCAAGUGAAGUAUUCACAUCAAAGGACUUGAUUACACUUGAUAUAAGUGGUAAUCACUUAAAUGGUCAAAUUCCAAGCACAGUUGGCAAUUGUACCAAGCUAAAAUACCUUUUCCUAAAUCAUAAUGCUCUAUCUGGUUCAAUUCCAUCAAAUUUAGGAAGAUGUACCAAGCUAGAAUACCUUGACCUAAAUGAUAAUGCUAUAUCUGGUUCAAUUCCAUCAAAUUUAGGAAAACUGUCAUCCUUGGAGUGCUGGGAUGUAUCUCACAACAAACUCACUGGAACUCUUCCUGAAAGUCUUGGGCAGCUUUCCAAACUUAAAGAGCUUCGUAUUUACGACAAUUUAAUGGAAGGCAUUGUGAGUGAGAGUCACUUCGACAAUCUGACAGCUUUAAGGAAUUUUGAUGCAUUUGGAAAUUCCUUGACCUUAAAAGUAAGUGCAAGUUGGACUCGUCGUGUCCAAUUUGAAACACUUCAACUGAGUUCGUGGAAGCUGGGUCCCCAAUUUCCUACAUGGAUCCGAUCACAAAAAUUCCUUCAGGAUUUGAACUUGUCCUUCACAGGAAUUUCAGAUACCAUUCCACCUUGGUUAUUCAAUUCAUCAUUGGGAUCUAUAGACCUUUCUCACAAUCAACUCCAUGGUAAGAGCUCAAAUAUCUCUGAAAUUGUUAAAGGAGGUAUCUCUCCCGUUUUGUGUGAAGUGAAGAAUGAAAUACAAGUUCUUGAAUAUCUUUGGUAUCUGGAUCUUGGGGAGAAUUCUCUAUCAGGAGAAAUUCCUGACUGUUGGAUGAAUUACCCAUACUUGAAUCACAUCAACCUCAACAGCAAUAACUUCACUGGAAGCAUUCCAAGGUCAUUGUUUCAUUUGGAAGAUCUGGAUUAUUUAGGUUUGGGUAAUAACAGUCUCACUGGUCCGAUAACAUUUGACUUUGUAAAUCUUGAAUAA